CUCGCUAUCAGCCUACUUCCCAGACUCCAGAAUACUGUCAUGUCAAUACACAAGAAACGAGUUCCGCAUUCCUCCUAGAUGCCCCACGCGUAUACAGUAAACGAUAACAGUCAGAGUUGUUUUAUAGUUGAGAAGAUGAUGUCAGCACUGAUAGGAGCUGUAGGAGUGGGGGUAGCAGCUGUAGCUCAGCUCAUCAUUACUAUACUCAUACUUGGGGGCAAGGCAGACAAAACAUGGGCAGGGAUAUUCUACACACUGCUGUUCGCAAUAGCCACCACCCUGCUGGUCUUCAGACUUGGUCAGAUAUGUUGCGGUGGGGUGGCUUCCUUCUACACUGAGAAUUCCAAAAUAAUCCGAAUCAGUACAAUCAGUCUGGGUCUCGUCGCAUGUAUAGGAACGUUAGUGCUCCUCUCACUGCACAUAAAGGACCUGAUCAACACUACAGGUCACGUUAACGACUUCUACGAGAGCCUCAGUGGUAUGUCACCCUCCCAGAACAGGACCAAUAUACUCAACGACACCUUCGUUGUGGACAUAGACUAUGAGGUUAAGAUAAACUACAAGAUCUACCUCGACCUACCGUACGGGGUGAUUAUCCUGUAUACUGAUAUGUACUGGGCUAUGAUAGUACUGGGAGCCAUUGCACUGCCUGGGCAUGUGGUCAAUACGGCCAUAGCUUGCUUCUGCAACGGGGAUAACAAGUAGAGGAGUUGGUAACGCGCGGUUACUAGGAGGUAACUAGGGGAUAACAAGUAGAGGAGUUAGUAACGCGCGGUUAUUAGGAGGUAACUAGGGGAGAACAAGUAGAGGA